AUGAUAUCAAUACUGGUACAUGGUUAUGUCCAAAUGGAGAACCAGAAGCCAUGGAUGUCUAUGUCAAAAGAAGCAUUCAUUGAAACAGUGGUAGGAAAGAAAUACAUUAAGCUUGUGCUCUAUUUCAGCACUGGAAAAAUUAAAACUUUACUGCUAAGUGACAAUAUUAAAGGUGUGACCCUUAGAGCCAGUGAAGGAAAUCAGUAUUUCCUGCAUUUAGCUUUUCAUAAUAACGACUUUUUGCUUAUUGAAAAAUUAUCCUUCCUGGAUGCCCAAAAGUUGAAGAGUUUCUUUGACAGAGUCCAACAAAACAGACUUCAACCCAUCACAAUAGCCAACAUGCAAAAGGGUAUCUUUAGUGACCCAGACACACAGAACAGAGAGAGUAUUGUGGCCAGCACAAGUGCACAGAAUAUCUGUGCUGCCACCACAGCCACAAAGGAGAUCAGUAAGCCUUCACAGAAACAAGUUUCUAAGCAAACAAAUAUUGGAUACUUUGAGGUAGCCAACAAAGCUAAAAAUCUUGAUCCAAAGAUGCCUGUAUUUCCAGCAACAUCUACUAGUAAAGAGUUAGUCCAAAAACAACCUGAGAAUAGGAAAAGAACCCUAUCAUGUGAUUCAGACCACAAUGAAAACAAGAGCUUCCUAGUAGACAAUAAUUUCAUAGAACAAAUGAAAUCUAAGGAAGAGUCCUUCAAGUGUGAAAGCAGUUCAGAUAAUCAAUUGAAGAUGGAAAAGAAAAAGAAAUCUGCAAUUGAAUUUUCAUUUGUAACCAAUUCUGUUGAAAAUAUUUGCCUAAAGGGCACUGCUUUUGAACCUGUCCCUGAGAAAAAAUUUUUACCAUAUCUGUUUGGGUCCAGCUGUAAUGAGGAUGGCGUAGAUUGGGAUGAAUUUGAGGUGUUCUUUUCAAUGUAUCCAGAGAAAAUGUUGCGUGGUCUCCCCAAUUUGGGAAACACCUGUUACAUUAAUGCAGUUUUGCAGUGCCUGUGUUCAGUGACACCAUUUGUUAAUGAUUUACUUAAUCAGGGUUACCCAUGGUCUGAAAUUCCCCAUGAUUCUUUCAGCAUGUACUUGACACAGAUACUUUUUUUGAAGGAUAUUUUUAACAUGAAAGCCAAGGAGAAGGUACUUGUAGACAUUAAAAUUGCUAUUUCAGAAGUAGCAAAAGUAUUUUCUACUGACAUGCAGAAUGAUGCUCACGAGUUUUUAAGUCACUGUUUGGAUGAGAUGAAGGAGACCAUACAAACAUUAAAUGCAAUUCAGGAAGCAAAAAAUAAAUGUGGGGAAGGAACUUUACCUAGACCAGCUUUUGCUGAUAAUGCUGCAACCCAAAGUCCCUUUUGUCCUGUUGUCGCUAAUUUUGAGGUUGAGUUGCUGCGCUCUAUUUUUUGUAAAUCUUGUGGAAAUGCUGUUCUCAAAACAGACCCAAAUAAUUAUCUCUCCAUUAACCUUCCCCAAGGAAUAAAAACACGUCCUUUGUCUAUUCAGUAUGCUCUUGAUCAUUUCUUUAGUGCAGAGGAGCUUGAGUAUAAGUGUGAGAAAUGCAAGCACAACAGAUCUGUUGCAGUGAACAAGCUCAAUAAGUUGUCCAGGGUCCUUGUUAUUCAUCUGAAACGCUACAGUUUUAAUGAAUUUCAGUCAUUAAAGAAGGAUAAACAGGAAGUUAUUGUUUCCAAAUAUUUAAAGCUAUCUUCUCAUUGCAACAGGAACACAAAAUUACCUCCUCCCCUUAGCAAGAAUGGGCAUAGAAGAGAUAAUCAACUAUUAAAAGGUUUUCAAAAGAUGACUUUUGACCUGUUCAACUCACCAAACUCUUCAGAGUUUACCUCAAAAUUCAUGGAUGAACCCAUUGGAUCAGAAAAUGAAUCAGAAUCACAGAAAUUAGUUCAAGGAGCAAGUAGUGAAGAACUGCAGAGUGACCUGGGAGGAGAUAGUGAUAGAACUGACUCAGGAGAUGAGAUGUUCUUUGAAGAAGAGCUCCUUGAAGAAGAGAUCCUUGAAGAUGAGUUCUCAGCUGGCUCAAAAUAUCAGAAUGAUGUUUCUGCUUCUCUGGUCCAAAAGGAUGAACCUAAACCCUCCAGUAGCCCCGUUGCAUGUCUUGGAGAUGGUUUUAUUGAAAAAUUGUCUCAAAGUCCAAAACUAGACCAAUAUGAGAAGACAAAUACAUCAUUGGAGUCAGAUUUGCAUAGUAUGGGUGAGUGUUGGAGAGACUUAUUUGAAGAUAACCCUGUUAUUCCAGACACAUUUGAAAACAAGGGCAAACAGACCCAGAUGUGUGAUAAGGUAAGAAUGAAGAAAGAAGCUAUUCAACAGGCAUUUACUCAGCGAUGUUCAAAGCUGAAUGCCCAGGGGCAUAUGGAGGCUUACUUGAAUUCACCAAAUUCUAAGAAGUCUGAAAAGGUCACAAAGAAAGAAUCAGAAGCCAAGGAUCCAAUGAUAAAUGCUGAUAAGGAUGCUGCUUACACCUAUCGGCUCAUUGGUGUUAUUAGCCAUAUUGGGAAUACUCCCCAUUCAGGCCACUAUAUUAGUGAUGCCUACAACUUUAAUAGGCAGAAGUGGUUUACCUAUAAUGACCUACAUGUCAUGAGUAUUCCUGAGGUCAGUAUGCAGGAGGCUAGGAUUUGCACUGGCUACAUCUUCUUUUACAUGUAUAAUGAAACUUUUGAAGAAUUGCUGGAGAGGACAGAGGAUCUGCAGAGGUUUAGCCACAAGGCAGAGUCCUCUCAGAAGGAGUAA